CUGCCGAGCGCGCCGGGCCUCCCGCACCCCGCGCCUCGCUCGGACCGACGCGCUCCGUACUCCACACGCCAAACCGUCGCGAGUGCAUUAUGACACUAGUGAGCUAGCGGGCCGCUGUGACGGUGUCCAAUAAUUGUUGUGUAUGUGUUCACGUGCCUGUGUUGUGUUUUAGCUUGGGCUUAAAAACUUCGUGGUGGCCAGCGGAGCCUUGCUCGGCUCGGGCCGACCUUUCAUGGCUCAGCCUAGGUACGACGAGAGCCUCCACGGCGGGGGCUACAUGGAGGGCGGCGCGAUGUACCACGAGCACCGGCUGUCGCACCCGCACCUGCCGCCCGUGCACUACCCCCCUCCGGCCGCGCCCGCGCACGCGCUGCCCGGCGAGCCGCUCGUCCACAAGCGCGACAAGGACGCGAUCUAUGGGCAUCCCCUUUUCCCCCUCCUGGCGCUGAUCUUCGAGAAGUGUGAGCUGGCCACGUGUACCCCCAGAGACCCAGGAGUGGCGGGCGGCGACGUCUGCUCCUCGGAGUCCUUUAACGAGGACAUCGCCGUGUUUAGUAAACAGAUACGCCAAGAGAAACCUUAUUAUAUAGCAGAUCCAGAAGUCGAUUCAUUAAUGGUACAAGCGAUACAAGUGUUGCGGUUUCACCUAUUAGAAUUAGAAAAAGUGCACGAGCUUUGUGACAACUUCUGUCACCGCUACAUCAGCUGCCUGAAGGGCAAGAUGCCGAUCGACCUGGUGAUCGACGAGCGGGAAUCGGCGCGGCCGCCCGACACCAACGGCGAGCCCCGCUCCGCGCCCGACUCCAGCCACGACGGCGCCUCCACCCCCGACGUCAGACCUCCCUCAUCGUCGUUAUCGUACGGUGGUGCGGUGAACGACGACGUCAGAUCCCCCGGCUCAGGCGGAACACCCGGACCCCUGAGUCAGCCCCCGCCACAGACCCUUGAUGCGACGGAUCCAGAUACCAUGGGAAAAUGGUGUCCGUCGCGGCGCGAGUGGUCUUCCCCCCCUGACGUGGCGCGGCGGGUCUACUCCUCCGUGUUCCUGGGCAGCCCCGGUGAGUACCCAGGGGACGCCAGUAACGCGAGUAUUGGCUCGGGAGAAGGCACGGGAGAGGAAGACGACGACACAAACGGCAAAAAGAACCAAAAGAAACGGGGGAUCUUCCCCAAAGUAGCGACGAACAUCCUGCGGGCGUGGCUUUUUCAGCAUUUAACGCACCCGUACCCGUCGGAGGACCAGAAGAAGCAAUUGGCGCAGGACACGGGCUUAACGAUACUGCAGGUCAAUAACUGGUUUAUCAACGCGAGACGUAGGAUAGUACAGCCAAUGAUCGACCAGUCUAAUAGAGCAGUGUUCUACCCGGCAGUGUUCCCGCACGCCGGCCCGAGCGGCGCGUACAGCCCCGAGGCCACGAUGGGAUACAUGAUGGACGGCCAGCAGAUGAUGCACAGGCCGCCCACCGACCCCGCCUUCCACCAGGGCUACUACCCCGCGGAGUACUACGGACACCAUCUUUAAUCCUUGUACAUGUGAUGGGUAACCAUCGUUCGGCCCAGCUCGCUGAGGCCGACGCGUCAGGGUCGCCGCCCACCGCCGCCGAAGCCGCCGCGGCGCGAGGCGCCCGCACAGGAGAACGAUGCUAACAUGUACAUAAAAACAAUCAUUUUGUAAUAUUUGAAACAGUAUACGAUCUCCUAAAUUAAGAUUUAAAGUCAACUCUAAUGUUAAUGUAAAUUUACGAAGUGACGAUUGGACGCUGUAUUAUACGAACGUACGCGAGCGCGACGUGAGAACAAUAUUAUCACUCGGUACUAUAGCGGAGAUGAACGUAACAAUAAAAGGUUUGAUAGUUAUCGUAUAAAUAUUUAUAGCUAAUUGUGUAUUGUUACUACGUAAAUAUAAAUAAAUAAUUGAUUAGUUGUAAGUUGUAACUAUCACUCGACGGAGCACGAGACGGCGGUAAUAGAAAUGGGACUUUUUUGUAAAGGAGUUGCGUACGUAGUAGGUUUGUAAUUAGCCUCUUUCGACGGGCCGGCGGCCGGGGCGCCGUAGGCCGCUGCGGUGCCGCAGUCGCAGCGUCGCCCCGGCCGUCGGUGCCUACCUUAAUCGUUGGGAACAACCGUUUUCGUUUAUUUUGAACGCCUUUCGAACGUCUCGCUUCUGUUACCAAACAGUUUUACGACGAAACAAUUCGAAUGUCAAUUUCACAGUAACGUUAAAUCGACCCGAUCGCUAUUUUCUUUACAGACAAAGGACAUAUCUUCGAAUUAUAUUAUAUAUAGUAUAUAUUAUAUUUAUGUAUAGCGUCACCUCGCCUUGGUGUUCAAUCGUGUAGCACAAUUUGUAACCGAUGUAUACGAGUAUAAAACCAUAUUUUACACUGUUGCGAUGAGAUUUUUAAAUCUAUUUACGUGUAUACCGAUGCGAUCGCCCUCGACGAUCGAAGCUACGUCUUCAAAGACGGAAUAAAUGAGUAUUAAAAAAGCGCGCGCCCUAUCUGAUUAAAUUUUGAAAAUGGAAUCCGAGUAGGAAACGACCGAUCGGAUUCGGCGCGUCGUCGCCCGCGCAGGCGCUACGGCGCGGUGCGGGUCCGCGUUCACUAUUUUGUUACCUGUAUAUUGCGUACGGUCGCCGGUCGCCGCGACCGCCCGCGACCGCCCGCGACCGAACCGAGUGUGAGUCGUGAGGUAAUGCACAUUACCAGCCUUAUCAAGUAUACGAGCGGAGCUCGCCGGGCCGGCCGAGCUUUACGUAGCGGACACAGGUCGAUGUGAUCGUUUCAAAUUAAUUAUAGAUAUUGAAAUAAUAUAAAAAUAUAAUGUAUAAAGAUUUCGGAAACCCGAAUAUAAGCUCCAUAGCGUAGGACACGAAUUUCCCAGAGAUUACUAGACGGAUCGAGUUGUGUUUUAGUAUGUACUUCACCUGCGGACGUACGACACACGUGUCGCGCCCCGGCCGGUGCGACCGCCUCCAUCGUGUCCCUCGGCGACCGCCGUAGUCCUCGGCGAGGGAGCGCGGAGUCACCCGAGAGACGUUAAGGCCGCGGUCGCACCCCCCCUAGGUUUUCUACUGCAGCGAAAUUCACAAAAUAUGUAUUAUUUUUACUACACCAGAUUUGUAAUAGUUAUGUAAUAUUUCGCUCAAUAAUUACAUCUUAAGAAUCAAAGCGUUUUACUUCAUCCGAUGCUCAAAGAUAUUGUAAAUGGAGGCCUCGGCGUCGCUGCCUGUUAAACUAUGAAACCGGUGAUUUGUCAAGUAACUAAUAAUAAGCUCAGUAUUUGGACUUAACCAAAAUGAAAGUCUAUUUUCGGCUUCUACUAGUUUAUGCAACAUUAUUGUAGCUUAAUUCCUUGUACGAUUCAGCCUUUCAGCAACAAAAAACAUAAUUGUCAAACAAACGUUGUAUUCGUUGGUUUUACAUUUAAUGAGAAUACCAGUUUGUUGUUUGAAAGAAAACAGACUGGAUCGAAUGGGACACGAAGAUGCAUUAAUUUUGCAUUAAAAUAUCGAUUCUUAUUAAACAGUAAGUGACGUCGAGGUCUCUAUUAAAUUAGAAUUUCGUUGAUGUUGAAACUGUGUAUUGAAAUUUUCCACAACUUAAUCGCAGUCGCUUCUAACUUUUGUAAAUAACGCGUUGUAUAGACCGUUCGGUGCCGGGUUUGGUUCUUAUUGUUUCUGUAUAUUACACCUUCGGUAGUCUAGAUUGGUUGUCCGCACUGCGGCUUUUCAAUGCGUUGUUAAAUCGCAAUCAUAUAUUUUAAACUCUUAUUAAUAAAGAAACGCGGCGUAUAUCUGUAUACGGUCUUGUUGUCUUUGACAAAUCAAAAGAUCGCAUGACAUGGACAACACAACUUGAAUUGUUUUACGCUGCGAAAAUAUCUUUAUUAGUAAGGGAUAUAAAAUAGUACGGACAAUACCGCACUAAAAUCACGCGGUUGAUUAAAAAAAUUGCGAUUAAGACCAGCGUUAUUACAACGAAACCGCGCGUUGAGAAACCGCUGUGCGGACGGGCCCCUGCGGUUUUUUUCUUCGUAUGUAUAUGUAUUAUAUGAGCUAGGAGUCUGUACAUAUAGCUGUUAUGUCCCGGCCGCGGCCGUUUCUAUUGUUUUGAUGACGACAUAGUCCGGCCGACGGGACGAGGACUACGGUCGGCAUUAUGAAUGCUACGAAUUGUGUAAAAAAUAUUAAAAAAAUACUGAAA